CUCUAGAUACCUGGAGGCCUUGGGUUUAAUAUCUCAGCUCACCCUAGCCAUUGCUUUGUUAUGGGGGCCACUAUGUUAUUGUUCCUGUCACUUGGUGUUACGAAGUCAUACCAUUCCCGGCCAUAACCAUGAUCGAGCGCGUUCGACGUGUAGCCGUAAUUGGCGCCGGGGUUUCUGGAGUAACAACUGCUGUUCAUCUCCAAGCCGAAGGACUCAAUGUCACAGUUUUUGAAAGAGCUCCUGUGGCCGGAGGGGUAUGGGUCUUGGAUCCGCGAACUCCUCAUGAACCUACUUUUCCGUCAACAAAACCAUCACUUGCGGACUCUGUCUUCUACAACAGCAUAGAAAAUGAGGAUCCAUAUCUUCUGCAUGCACCUCCUGGACCUGCCUAUGAGACUUUGACAAAUAACGUCGCGACCCAGUUUCUCGAGUUGAGCGUCAACAGCUGGCCCGCCGGCACUCCAGCUUUUGUCAAACAUAAUGUCAUAGCUGAAUAUAUCCAAGAUACAUCAAUCAAGACUGGGAUUCACGAGAGGACGCUGUACAAUACUCGAGUGAAGAAUUUGUCAAAAGAGGGCAAUAUCUGGCGACUUGAAACAUCCACCUGGAAUAAGACCACGGGCAAGGCGACAGAAAAAGUUUGGGAAUUUGAGCUUGUUGUCGUUGCCUCUGGACGUGAGUGUCUCCUCAAAUUACUGUCCAUCGUGUCCCAAGACUUCAAUCGGUUCCAUUUUCAAGCCAUUUACGAGUUUUGUGCCAGUGCAGGAGCAUACCCAGACUCUCGUUUCUACAUUCCAGAGUUUCUUUUCAGAAGCGUGUUCCCACUGACCAUCAAUAUUGAGAAAUCAACAGAUUAUCAUGCCCCAAGGGUUCCAGAUAUCCCUGGUUUGGCAGAAUGGAAAGAGGCGUGGCCCUCUAGAAUACAGCAUUCUAAGAGUUAUCGAAAUCCUAACGGAUUUGAAGACCAGACUAUUUUCCUGAUUGGCGGAAGCGCCUCUUCGAUAGAUAUCGCCAGAGAGGUUGGACCCGUGGCUAAGAGAGUCUACCAGUCGACCAGGGGUGGAUUCAUGGACACCCCGGAGUCUUGGUUGCCCCCUAAUGGUACGCGUGUACCCGGAAUUGCCUCCUUUGGUGAGCUGGAUGAUGAACCCUCGGUUGCCGCUGGCGCAAUUCCCGGCAAAGUCGUACUGGUUGAUGGCCGAGUACUUGAAGACAUCGAUCGUGUGAUUGUCGCCACUGGAUAUCACUUCACUCUACCCUUCCUCCCGCGGGACUUUCAUCGUGAUGAUGUACCGCGAGAAGAGGCAGAUGGCAAGGUCCUGGUUACUGACGGUACCAUGCUGCAUAAUCUUCACAAGGAUAUCUUCUACAUUCCGGAUCCGAGCCUGGCGUUCACAGGCGUGCCUUUCUAUACCGCCACGUUUUCUCUCUUCGAGUUUCAGGCCAUUGCCAUUGCCGCGGUAUUUUCUGGCCAAGCUCAAAUGCCGACAUGGGACGAGAUGACGGCACAGUACAAGGAAAGGAUCAAAGAGAAAGGACAUGGAAAGCCGUUCCACACUUUGGUUGGGCAGGAUGUCCAGUACGCCAAAGGCCUUAUGGAAUGGGUAAAUUUGGGUCGCGAUCCAUCCACGAAGAAAGUUGAUGGUUAUUCGGCGGAGUGGAUAGCAGCGCGUGAGGAGUUCAUCAAGACCUUUUGGGAGCGUGGGAGUAAAGAGAAUAAGUCGACCGCUGAGGAAUUCACGGCAUGAUGAGCCUCACCUGAAUCGCAGGAACAUUGACUGUGCAGAAUACCGUCCAAGUAGUAUAAAGGGUAUGAAAUCCUUUAUACUAGUCCUUUUGCUGACUAGUAAACUCGAUGAUUCAGAAGGGAUAAAGUGAAC